AUGGCAGUCGCAGCGUCUACGGUGACGCCGGUCUUGGCGCCGCCCGCGAUUGCAGAGGCGGAGGACGCGCGCGAAGCGCCUGCUGGCGCGACCGACAUGCAGGCCGAGGGCGGCGGGGCGGCGGCGCCGCCGCUGACGAUGGGUGAGACGGCGCUGCUGGAGUCGAGGAAGCUUGCCGAGAAGCACCGCGGCGAGGGCGAUAUGCGCUAUGUUUUUCCGCCGAUGAGGGAGAACGAACUCGACGACUUUGGCUGGCAGUGGUGCCUGAACGUGCACAAGCCUCCCCACCCCAAUACGCUCCCCGUCGAGGCCCUCUCCUACAAACCCAGCGCCGACGAAGUCUUCAAAUACUUCUUCAAGGGAACGCCUAAAGAAGUGUGCAUUCGGCAGAUUUUUUUUCACACACCGCUCUCCGAGGACGAACUAGAGUGGCUGGCUCAGUUUCGCCGCCUCUGCGCAGAGAAGAAGUGGGCGGUCCCGUACUUCCUCGUUCCGCAACUACUCCGCAUUCUCUGGUUCUGCAAGCGCAAGUAUCCCGACGAGGCCCUCAUGAAAAGUCUGGAGCAUGCACAGCAAAUGGUAGAGUGGCGCCGCGGCUUUUAUCCGCUGAGCGACGAAGAGCCUGAGCUCAGGGAGCUUCUCAAACUUGGCGUGAUGUACUGGGUUGGCCGCGACCCGUCGCUGCGCCCGCUUCUCAUCGUCAGGCUCUCUCGUCUGCCGAGGACGACGGCGCCCGACCUCUUCAAACGCCUCACGAUCUUCUGCUUCGAGUGGGCUCUGCGUUUCCUGAUGGUUCCGGGCGUGGUGGAAACCUGCGUGGUGCUUUUCGACGUUCGAGCAGUGCCGCUGCACCAGUUCCCCAUCAGCGCGCUGACCGACAUGGUCAACACGCUCACGAAGCAGUUCCCCUUCCGUCUUCACCGCAUGUGGAUCAUCAACGACUCCUUCUUCGUGCAGACAGUAUGGAGCAUUGCGAAACAGUUCUUCACGGACGUCCAGCAGCAAAAAAUGAAGUUCUACCGAAAUGGCUUCGAACCCGAGCUGCUCAAGGAGUACGCUCCGUACCAGCUGGAGAAGCACUAUGGCGGCACCCGCGAGGAACUCAAGGAGUUUUACCCGUUCCCGUUGGCGCCAGGGCCUUUCAACAUUGACUCGAAAACGCCGAGCCUUACGCCUCCCCCCGAGGUCCCCAUGCAGGCAGUGGAUCGCUUCACGGCCUUUGGCGUGAUCUGGGAGGACGGCUGCCGGCUGCCGACGCAGUGGAGUGCGGAGGCUGGCAAGAUUUUCGCGGCGAACGGUCUGCCGCCGCCGCCCUUGCCGACGACGCUGGAAGACGCGGCGACAGCGCAGGCGCUCGCUGCGGUUGAGGCGGCGACCUUCGAAGCCCGCACGCAGUCGAUUCGGAACUACAAAACGACUUGCAGCAUGCGGAAAAAGUCGUCGAUGCUCUCCAUGCUCCAUCUGAAGAGCCAACACAGUGGACUGCUCACGAAGGACGAGAAGGCACCUGCCGCGGAGCCCGCAGGGGCGGCCGCGCCGGGCGCCGACGCCUUCGCGGCGCACACGCCGGAGGCGGGCGAGCUUCAGGGCGAGGAGACCGAGGCGGGCGGCGCAGGGGUCGCGACUGCGGACGCCGACACUCCCGCGGCGGCAGAGGCACCAGGCCUCGUCGGCGGCGAGAUCAGCCGCAGGCUGUCCAAGCCCGCGGAGUCGAUGCGGAAAACCGAGGCGGAGGCGGCGCAGCGCGAGGCGGAGGCGGCGCAGCGCGAGGCGGAGGCGGCGCAGCGCGAGGUGGAGGCGCUCGUCAAACAGGAGGAAGCGCGCGAAGAACCCGAGGAGGCAGUCAGCCACCAGCCGCCCGCUAGCACCCCCGCCCUCCCAGAGAGGAAGAAGUCCUCGCGCCUUCCGCCCGCAGAGAAAGUCUCUUCGAAGAAGUGCUGCAGCGCCUGCACGAUUCAGUGA